AACAGUACUCACCUCAUUCAAACCCUAAAAGUUGAAAGAAUCGAUUAGUCUAGCGAGCAUUCAGAAUGCGUACUUUUUUAAGCCUUUUGGCCGCAUCAUGCUUAAUCGCAUGCGCCGUGGCCAUCACAAACACCGAUAUUGAUCCCAGUUCCAUAGAUUGGAACACGAUUCGGACUCUUCAGGAGACGGAUAAAUUUCGCGCCAAAUUCGGACUUCCACCACUAAGUGAUGAUGAUAUUCGCCAGACUAGAAUCUCCGGGGGAAAUAUCGCAUCGCCUACGGAUAUCCCAUGGGCCGCUGGAGUUAUAAUCCACGGUGGAACCUCCGGACAUAGUUUCUGUAGUGGCGUCCUGAUCUCCAAGCGAUACGUUCUAACGGCGGCUGUUUGUAUCUCUGGUGAGAGCACCCUCACCGUAGCGCUGAACUCCACAGACAUGAUGAGUAUCGGCACGUUGAUCAGCGUGUCGCACAUCAAUUCUCAUCCGAACUACAGUUGGCUGCUGGGCCGGGAUGACAUCGCCAUACUGACGCUGAGUCGCGACGCACCGGUGGAUGAUGUAACGAUCCGGCCAAUUCAAAUGCCACGCCGUUCCGAUGUAGGCAAGAGCUUCGUCGAUUGGUCAGCCACCACUGCCGGUUGGGGAAACACCGGAAAUCGCGACAAUGAGCCCAUUCCAACUCAGCAUCUGCAGUUUGCCACGGAUAGCGUUUCGUCGAAUCUGAUUUGUCAGCUGUCGUAUACAUGGGUUAGAAGCACUCACAUCUGUGUGGCGACGAACAACGGAGGACCUUGCAAUGGCGACGAAGGAGGUCCAGUGACAGUUCGCGAGGCCGGUCGUACGUAUCUGAUAGGUAUCCACUCGUUCCACUUCAACGGAAUUCGCGGCUGUGAUCGAGGACGGCCAGCAGUGCAUACCCGGAUCACGGAAUAUCUGGAUUGGAUCGAGGAAAACUCGGAUGUAGUGGUUCCUGCAUAAAUAUUAAUGUUAGACUAACUAAAGAUAGUACACUUUUAGAGUGUCUAAGCAAGAAAAAGGAGGAACUACAUAAAGACUUAUAGAUAAUAAA